CGUAAUAUAAUUUGGUGAGUCGACGGAAGAUCACAAUUAAUGUGUUAUUUCAAAUAUGGUUUGUGCCGUAUUUAAGAUAUUCACCGUUGCGGCAUUGAUUGCUUCUUGCACUGCUGCUAUUCCUGUGGAUAAAGGUUUGGUGCUUGUAACUGAUGUCCCUAAUGUAGCAGUUCCUGCUAAAAAGGCAAAUUAUGAUAAUCUGCGUCCACAAAUAUCAGAAAUGAACAUCAAAACGUAUAUAACGAAUCGGUUUGCGCAAACUACGGUCACUGGUAAAGUGAAAAAUCACGCGAGUAAAUCCCAAGAGGCCGUAUUCUUCGUCGUCCUUCCUAAUCAAGCUUUUAUCUCCGCCUUCAUUUUAGAAAUUGAUGGAAAACAUUAUACAGCAUAUGUUCAAGAAAAGGAAAAGGCUAAGAAGAUUUAUGAUGAUGCGGUGAGAAGUGGGAUUGGAGCAGCUCAUGUUUCGGUAAACGCAAGAGAUUCAAAUACGUUUACAGUGAAAGUUAACAUUGAACCAGAAAGUAAAGCAGUAUUCAAUUUAACAUACGAGGAAUUGCUGGAAAGGAAAAAAGGCUAUUACGAAUUGGUGAUCAACAUUCAUCCAGGACAAUUGGUGAAAGAUUUGAACGUUGAAGUCGAUAUCGUCGAAUCGCGUCCGUUGAGUUUUGUGAGGGCCCCGCAAAUCCGCACUGGAAACGUGAUUCUUAAAGACAACGAUGAAUUGGAUCCCAGAGCUCAAAUCGAAAGACCAAAGGCCGAGCAAGCAGUUAUUAAAUUUAAACCAGACUUCGAAAAACAAAAGCGUAUUGCUCAUGGUUUAGGUACUGAGGAAGAUGACGGAUUUGCUGGACAGUUUGUCGUGCAGUACGAUGUCGAGCGUGAUCCGCAAGGUGGCGAAAUAUUGAUUAAAGAUGGAUAUUUCGUUCAUUUCUUUGUACCACCAGACCUAAAACCAUUGGUGAAACACGUCGUAUUUGUUUUGGAUACUAGCGGAAGUAUGGCCGGUAGGAGAAUCGAACAGCUUAAGGAAGCAAUGAAAAAUAUCCUUGGCGAUCUUAAUUCGAAAGAUUAUUUCAACUUGGUAGAAUUUAAUAUUCAUGCAAAAGUAUGGAAUUUGGACGCUCCGGAGGAAAGCACCUAUUUCCCAAAUUCUUUAAGGGAUAAUUCUGCAGUCCAAGAAAUUAUAAAUAUCUCUUUCGCACCAGCUUACCCAGUCAAAAACACUACCAUAAAUGAGACAAACAAACUCGUGAAAGCAAUGCGGGCAAAAGGCGGUACUAAUAUUUACGAUGCACUCAGAGUCGCUAUCCAUUUGAUCAAAUUGAGACGGAAACGCGUUGGCAAUAAUAAUAUUCAACCAUUGAUUAUCUUUUUAACUGAUGGAGAGGCGACGGUUGGAAAAACCAACAAAAAUGAAAUUAUUGAUGGUAUAUCUAAAGAAAAUGACAUCAAAAUCCCCAUUAUCAGUCUCUCGUUUGGUGAUUCAGCGGAUCACAAUUUGCUAAAGAAACUCUCUCAAAAGAACUUUGGUUUCGAACGCAAAAUCUACGAAGACUUUGAUUCGGAUAUUCAGUUGCAGAACUUCUAUAAAGAGAUAUCAUCACCUUUGUUGAAUAACAUAACAUUUACAUACACACCCGACACAGUUAGUCUUACGACAACAAAUUUUCCAAUUCUUUAUGAAGGCGGAGAAUUAGUAGUUUCUGGUAAAAUUCCACAAAACUCAAACGUAGUCGCACCAGUUGUGAACUGCUUUGGCAACCAAGGUCCAGUCCAAUACCGGCCUAAAGUUAAUAAAAGCGUUGGUCAAUUAGAAAGACUGUGGGCUUAUAUGACAGUGAAAAAGCUGUUAGAAGAAAAAGAAACGUCAACUAAUGUCAAAGAAAUUGAAAAGAAAGCUCUCUAUUUAGCUUUAAAGUAUUCGUUUAUAACUCCCGUAUCGUCGAUGGCAGUUGUUAAACCCAAUAGCAUUGAAUCCGUGGACAUCCAAAAAGCUUUAUCUACUCCAAAUACUAAAGCUUUCAAGGCCGGAUUGGUUAAAAUUGCACCGGAAAAUCCAAUUGAAGAUAAUGAAGAGAAUAAAAUCGACAAUCAUACCAAAGUCGUUUCAACAUCAAUAAUUGAACCUUUCGUUUUUCCUACCGAAAUGAAAAUAAAACUACCUUGGUUGGAAAAUAAAUUUAACAAAGACGGAACCUUAAAGUUCUUCAAAGGUCGUUAUACGUUGGGUAUCAAUGAAACAUCACCUGCCGGGCUUGAUUGCAUAGAUCCACAGAGCGAGGAAGGAUUAUGCAUGUUAGUCAGCGAUUGUGACAUUCUUCUACCGAAAUUGACCGAUGAACAAACAUUCAAAGAUUAUUUCUGCUCUAUCGAAAACAAAUUUGCCGGAGUUUGCUGUCCGAAACCAAUCGUCGCAGGAAUUGCACCACAAUAUCCAUUUGUAGAAAGUGAAGAUUAUGAAAUCGACGAUCAUACCGAAGCCGUUUCAACGAAAACAAUCAAAUCAAGACAAAACCUUUCAUCUGGAGCGUUAAACCAAUUUUCGAACUGGCAUAUUAUUUAUUUUAUGAUAUUGUACCAGUUUUUAAGCUCAACUUUAUUUUAAAAAUUGUUCAAUGUUAAUAUGGUUUUAUCUACUUCUUUUCCUGCAUAUUUCUUAUUUUGCUUUUUAGAUAUAGUAACAGUAGAUAUACAUUUUAAUGAUUAUAUUGUUCUGAA